UGGCAGUCUGAUGUUUAGCCUGUCAAAUUCUGGGGUUGGAAUUUUAAUUUUUUGUUGUACACGACAAAAUGAUGGGGAUUCUCAAAAAAAAUUUCACCCAGUGGGCUCUCGAGGGCAGAGACUAUGCAAUUCAGUAUGUAUACAAGGGGAUUUCCGGAACAGAAAUUGAUGUCGAAGCUAAUGAUUACAUCGACAGUGUGAAGAAUCUGUCGAAGAGAUUGAUAGCAUUGGCUGGCUACAGGCUUGCAUUUCUUUUAAAUAAUCUAUUUGUCGCCCCACCGGAUAGGGAGAAGUACGUUAUCCCUGGUGCUAUUGAGAUUGUAAAAAACUGCACAAAUGGAGGAGCUGGAGCCCGCUCAUCAUCAGGGUCCAAUGAAUCAAUUGGAACAGAUUCACGAACAGUGUCUUUUGUAGCGGCUGGGUUGGGAUUUGCAGUCGUGAUCGGUAUUGCUGCGGUCGCAGUAUUCCGCAGUGACAAGAAACCAAAGCACAAGUACAAGACACUGGAGAUGGCUGGAAGAGAGAACAGAUACACUUUGCGGAAUCCUAGGCCAGCGUAUCAGGAUGAGGAGGAGCCAGAAGAGGACAGCUCAUAGCGAGCAACCAACCCACCACAUGGCAUUCGAUUGCAUCGCAUGCUUGUGUAGCUAUUUUCGCUAACCAAGUUUUGAAGGAAGGUUGCUCUUUUUUUUUCCAGGUUUCGUCAUUGUAUUGUUGUAUUGAUGAUGAUUGUCUUGAUUGGAGGAGGGGGGGGAUUCAAGUGAAAUCAAGUUGUGCUUCUGUC